UAAUCAACAUCCAAAUCCCAGAUCCCAGAUCCCAGAUCCCACCACCCAUCAUCACACACCUUUACAUCUCCCUAUUUUAUUUUAUGUAAUUCAGUGAUUCGGAGAGUGUACGUGUCCUCUGCAACAAAUUGCUGUCACGUGCUUUCAGAACUCAAUCAAUCAGAGAUGUGUUCGAAAGUCUGCUGCAUGAAGAUGAACCCAGAAGCUUGCCCAGUUUGACCCCUGAAACUGCUUCUUUCUGAAGCAGAAAAUCCUGGUUUAUUCAAAGAAAAACCCCCCAAGAAUUUGACCAAAAAAAAAAACCCAUCCGAAGGCUUAGCUGAUUGCAUCUCAGAGUGGUGACUCUUUGCACAAAAAGAUGGGAUCUUUCAAGGGUCAUGCUUUACCAGGGACACUGUUUCUGUUAGUUGGGGUAUGGCACAUAUGGAGCUCUGUGGUCCGAUACGUAUCGAACCCGAAAACUUUCAGGGUUCGGGUUUGGAAUCCCGUGCCGGGUUUUGAUGGAAGGCUCAAGUACUUGGAGCUUUAUGUUAUUGCAAUUGGUGCUUUCAUUGAUAUGUGUAUUGAGCUUUUGUAUUCGACCCACCUCAAGUUUUUUGUCAAUGGGGUGUUGAAUCCAUCCCACAUGAAUGAUUUCGAGCACUCGGGGAUGCUACUAAUGUUCUUCAUCUUUGGCCUGGUUGCUCUGCUCUCUGAGAAAACAGGGUUUCUUCCCUUGCCAGAAGGAUCUCUUUGUUUGAUUGCUGCCACAGCAUUCUGUGCAGAGUAUUUCCUAUUUUACUUUCACUCAACAAGCCAUAAAGGCCUUGAGGGGUACUAUCACCUUCUCCUUGUUCUCCUGAUAGGGCUCUGCAUAAUCUCCACUGUUACAGGAACCCUCUUACCAACCAGCUUCCCAGUUGAUUUGUGUAGUGGCAUUGCUAUAACUCUCCAAGGUCUCUGGUUCUAUCAGACUGCCUUCACUCUCUAUGGCCCCAUGAUGCCAGACGGUUGUCGAAUUAAGGAAAACGAGAUCUCGUGUCACUCAGCAGACAGUGAGGUCCGAGGCGAGUUGCUUGCAAACUUCCAGCUCUUUUCCUUGGUCCUUGGUGUCCUUGUUGCAGUUGUGGGAUCAUAUGGUUUUGCGGCUUCAAGAUACGGGCAUUCUGAACUUAGGAGCUUGCAUGCAGCUCAGAAUCGGUUGGAUCAUGAUUAAAUUAUUUACAGUCUUCUCAAUCUUUCUUAAAUUCCAAUUAUUUGCAGUCUUCUUAAGGAGGUAUUUUGAUAUCUUCUGGGGAUGAAAUUGUUUCAUUCCCUUUGCAGAUGGUUCGAGUGUACAUCAACAUCUUGUAGUGUAGUUUCAAUAAAAGUAAGAGCUGCUGUCCUUCUGUAGGAUGAUAAAAUUAAAAACAAUAUAUAUUUUGUCAAUGAAAGUUACAUGGUGCUAUGUGUACCCUUUCCCUUUACCUUGUCUCUUGUUUGGACUGAAGAAUGGGCAUAAAACAGCUUCUUGUUCUUCUUUUUUUCGUGGAUUUUUGGUCCCAUUCAUUUUUGUUAACUCUGGUUUUAAAUGAGAUGUUUUACUUUUGUUAGUUAA